AUGUCCGUGGCAAAAUUCCGGAUUAAGCCUACAGCUCAGGGUAAUCUCACAAACAAUAAACAUAUGGAACGCGAAACAAGACAUCAGCACCGCCAUCUAUACAAUAAGCACGAGUUACCUGAUUUAUGUUGGGCAUUGCGGUUAGGGAAAAGUGUGAACGAUUUGUUUCCGACGUUGAACAUCUUUGACAAAAAUACUUCAUCACACACGGGGGAACAAAGGGUUGAUGGCUGGCUGGCUGAACACGUGAAAAAUUUGCCUGUGAUUAAAUUGCUACACGUGAUACUCGAGGAGACACCCAUCACCAUCCUCGAUGCGUUACCAUAUCUACUUGGAGCGAGGAAUUCGAUUUUGGAGAACACGGAUCGUAUCCGAAGCGGCGCAAGCUUCUCUUCAUUCAACUGGAUCGGCGAAAAGCAAGAAUCAAAGGGAUACGCGGAAUUCGUGGCUGAGAAUGAAGAUCCGAUAGACGCACUCUUCUGGGCAUUACCCGCAUAUAAACCCCAUGUUCCAAGAUUAUGUGCUCAGAGAGACACACGCCAAGUGUUUGCCAAACCUAGUCGCUUCGCCGUGUUUCAGUAUCAAAUUCCGGUUCACGUCCAUCCCAUAAUUCCUCGGACGAUCGACAUACGGAUGAUAAUCGGAUUUCCAUAA